AUGGCUCUAGUUAAAAUCCUACUUUUGGCGUGCAUUUUAGGACUAGCCUUCUUACAGGAAGAUUCCAGAGGGCUUAUCACUAAGAAAAUGAUUAGUAAAGAAACAUUGACUUUGCAAGAGAACGAAAAGCAGACGGUCUUGCUUCCUCUAGAUGAUCUGGGAUUGGGGAAUUCUACAGGCGUAUCUGAAAGACAUGCUAUCAUCGUUGAGAUUAAGUCUCUCCCAAAUGAACCAUCCUCUGUUAAAAUGAAUAAUGUGAUUGAUGUUAAAGCAAGGAUGAAUGCUCCAGGUCAUUUGGAUGAGUUUAUCAACAUUAAGGAUACUUUUCCCCCCUUAAAAGAUAAGAAAGAGGGCAAUAUGAUUUAUCACUAUGUCGUAUAUGAUCUAUGCUACCUCUCUCACCAAAUAAAAGUGAUUCCAAGUAUUGAGCUUGAAUUUGAAUCUCUUGAUGGAGUAGUUAAGAGCGAGUACAUUGCCAAAGUUGUUGAAUUCAAAAACCUUAAAAUUAACUGUGUUGAUCCUCAAAGUGACUGGUUCUUACCAAGAGAAGAUCAUGCUAGCUGUCAAACCUGGGAUCAGAAGGUUUGGGUUUAUGGAGGAAGGAGAAACAUUGAUGAUCAAGUGGUCCCCAUGGGAGACAUUAUGAAAUUCGAUUCCAAGCUAAACAGGUGGUUUAAAGCAAAGGAAAAUUCAAGUAUAAAACCAAAACCCAGAUAUGCCCACUCAAUGUUUUGCUACUUCAACUAUCUCAUUAUCUUCGGAGGAAUGUCUUACAGUGGAGAGAUCUUAGGCGAUCUAUGGGUUUAUGAUAUCGUCAAAGAGACAUGGAUAUCAGUUAUGGAUAUUAAUAACGUUCUCGAUCUCCAAAUACAGAAUAUCACAGGAUUCAUUCCAGAAGCAAGAGCCUAUGCAUCUUCAAUCAUGAUGAAGGUACUAGGGGCUGGAUACCUUGUUGGAGGAAAGAACAGAGAAGGCUUCGCAUGCGAUCUCUGGGCACUCAAGGUUGACAAAGUUAUCCAACACAUUGAAGAUCCUGAAUCAGUCAGUAUAGAAAAUUUCUGGGUCCAAAAAGAUUUCAACCAGGAGAUGAAAGAGUUCUGUAGAUUUGGUCAUUCAGUUGCUGAAGUAACCAACACUACAUUUUUGAUAUAUGGAGGAAUUGACCAAAACUCUGAUGUCAUCUCAUACCCUGUCUUGUACAAUGUGGUUGACCAGACAAGCACACAAUUAGACGAAAGAGGGUUUAAGGGUGGCCCAAUGAAGAGGAACAAACCUGCUCUUCUAUCCACAGGCAACAAGAUGGUCAUCAUGUAUGGAGGCGUCGAUCCUGAGAGGAAGGGAUACCUCACAGACCUUUGGCAUUUGAAGAUUGAUGACAGCAGCGUUAUCUACGAAAAAGUAGAAUAUGAAACCAAAGGAACAGCCUAUAUGGUCUCAUGGAGGACAGGAUUUACAAUGGAAUAUCUUAGAGGCAUAAAUGAUCCACAUUUAAUAGGUGGAUCCUUUGGAAACAACCAGCAAUCUCAGGCCUUGAUUUCCAUCCCAGAGCAAGAAUGAGCUAAUAAAAAUGAGUUUGAUACCACGACCUGUUCACCAUGCCCAAAAGGAAGUGUUUACAGUCCUAAAAUCCAAGAAUGUAGAUGGUGUGAGCAGUAUGAAUACUUUGAGGAAAAUUUUGAUGACUAUUUCAAAUCGGUCUGUAUGCCUUGCCCAAGAGGACUCAUUGGAGGAAAUUACAGAAGCUGUGUUCCCUGAGCAGGUGGAUACGUCUUUGAUGUCAAAGUAAAAUCUCAUUGUAGAGAAUGCACACAGGAUGAAGUCUGUCCUUUAGGAACCAAGUAUGCGUUUGAGAGAAAACAAUUCAAUGAGCUUUUGAAUGAUGUUAAGAUCAACAAUGUUCCAAAAAUCAUGGAUACAUAUGAUGUUAGCGUUGAUCAUACUGCUACUUAUAUAGUCCUAAUUCUGGUUUUCCUGACUCUUAUCUUCUCAAUAUUGAUUGCAAUUACUCUUACUGGCUGUAAAGAGAGAUUUAUGUUUAUUUUCAGAGAGAUUGACAGUCUUGCUAUAACUGGUGGAAGAAGAAAGAAAGUCGUUGGAGGUAUUCUAAUGAUAUUCUUUUUGCUCUAUCUUUCUCUUAUCUUUGCAGGGUAUAUAAUCAGUUUCCUCGUAUAUAAUGAAAGAAGGGAAAGCUCUGAAACUCAGAGUCCCUUUUUACAGAAAGAAAUGCCAACUUCAUUCGAGAUUGAAAUCCAAGCUUAUGGAAGUAAGGUAAAAGAGUCAAACACCCCAUUUUUGAUCUAUGAUGCUACUAAAAAUGAAGAUCCAGAUCCAAACCCUGACGAUCUAUGUGAGAAGUACAAACAAGAGAUCGACCUUCACAAUACUGCUUCUGAUAUGAUCAAGUUCUCUUCCUAUUUCAGGGGUGCGAAAGUAGGCUCCUUUAAAUGUGAACGUAACAGACUGAACGAUUUCACUGAUGAGUAUAACCUAAAAAUUGGGUUUAAAGAUAUUCCAAAAGGUGACAUUAAAGACCAGAUAAUUUACAUCUCUCUGAAAUCUGACUACUCUUAUGCAUUCCAUUUCUUCAGAUGGAAAUUUACCUCAGUGUGGAAAUAUGGAUUUGAAGACUACCCGACUGCUUUCUCAGAAAUUGAGGGUGUGAUGACUCCACAAAAGAUGUUGGACUCAAAUAAGAACAUCACUAAGGCAUUCAAAGGACCUGAGCCUACCUCUCUGCAUAUGUCUCUUAUCCCGACCCACUAUGUCAACGAGAUCGAGGGAAAGAAUCACAAGGGUUACAGAGUUCAGCUCAAUGAGUUUUCCAGAGGAAGUACUGUUAAUAAGAGGAAUCUUGUCAACCGCUAUAUUGCUGGAGGAAGAGAUCUCCAAGGUCUCAACAUCCAGUUUAUAGUGAACAGCUCUGAUAGAUUCUAUCAGGUCAGGAUCCAGAGGAUCAAGAGCAUUCUCGAAGUAAUAGCUUACAUGCUUGGGUUCCUUGCUGGUUUCAUUAUCAUUGUCAGAGCAGCCAAGUACUACCUUCUUAGAGAGACUUACUUCCUUGAAAUCGAGAAACAGUGCGAGCAGUACUAUGGAAGACAUGAUGAGCUCAAAUAUGAAGAAGAGGAUGAUGUCACUAAUAUUGAACUCAUGAGGCUUGAGAGAACUCGUCAUAGAAAUCGUAUCUCUGAUGAAUCCCGAGUCUUAAACACUUCCUCAGAAGGAGUCAACAGAGAUUCAAUGGCACAUAAGGAUGAAGACGAGUUCAAUGAAGAUGAUGAAAAUGACCUGAAAAAGUUAGCGAUCUAAAGUAAUUCAGUCUAUUAUUAAUUAAA